CAGUGGCCAGGUCUUAGGGAGACGGGCCUGGAGUGACAGUCGCGGGGGCGGGGCCUAGGUGUCAGGCCGUGGAGGCGGGAUCUGGAGGGACGGAUCCACGAUGUCAUUUUAGGGAGAGCAGAUUCUAAUGUUGGCUGUGUCACUCUGUAGGGAUGGGGCUUCGGGAGAGAGUGGUCGGUAGGGAACAGGCUUCGAGGGGCGGUCCAGCGGGUCGGAUGGCAGCGAUAAGCCAAGUCCGGACCAAGGGGAGCCAAGAGAGUCACCUAGGGGCCUUAAGGGGUGGGCCCUGGAAGUAACCUGAGUGAGAACCUGUCCAGACGGUAGUGGAGAGUAGAAGGCAAAGUGCUUUUCUUGGAGCCACCUGAGAAAGGAACAAGGACCUUAAAGGGGGGAAAAAUGGCUUAAAAAAAAAGUAGCUAAGAGUCUAGGCCUGACAGAGAUGUCCAUAACUGCGGGGUGUUUACCCACCAACCCCACAGUUCCGCAGUUUUCUUGAGUGCGAGCAGCAGGAAAUAUUAGAAGGAUUUAGAUUGUGGAGAUGAACAGAUAGAAAAUAAAGGAUAGCCUCCAGAGGACCUGGAACCUAUUCCAAUGGGCCCUGACUGUCUCUGCCCCAGGGUAUUUAUAGAGACACCAAGGGGUGGAGCAAAAGACCUUCUCCCCCAGCACAGCCAAGUGCAGACCAUCUCAGACACCUGCACUCAGGCCCGUGGUCCUAAUCAUCCUCUAUGCGGACCUGCUGGGUAAAGCCAUAAGGAACCUGAAAACGGGCUCCCACACAUAACCUGUCACAGCACCAUGCCAGCUGUGCCUUCCUCGAUUCUCAAUUUGCUGGUGUUUCCUUGUGUGAUUGUGAGCACAGGUGGUACCUGCGGAUGCUGCAGUGUUACCGGUGUAGGCAGUGGUUCCAUGAGGCUUGCACACAGUGCCUCAGUGAGCCUAUGGUGUUUGGAGACCGGUUCUACCUGUUCUUCUGCUCCGUGUGUAACCAAGGCCCAGAGUAUAUCGAGAGGCUGCCCCUGCGCUGGGUGGACAUAGUUCACCUGGCCCUCUAUAACCUGGGAGUACAGAGCAAGAAGAAGUACUUUGACUUUGAGGAGAUUCUGUCCUUUGUCAAUCAGCACUGGGAGCUCCUGCAGCUUGGCAAGCUCAGCAGCACCCCUGUGACAGAUCGAGGACCGCUUCUCCUCAAUGCUCUCAACAGUUACAAAAGCCGGUUCCUGUGUGGCAAGGAGAUUAAGAAGAAGAAGUGCAUCUUCCGGCUGCGCGUCCGCGUCCCACCCACCCCUCCAGGAAAGCUGCUCCCCGAUAGGGGGCUGAUGCCAAGUGAGAGAGGGUCCUCUGAGCUGCUUCGUAAGAGAGGAAAGAGCAAGCCCGGCUUGUCGCCCCAUGAAUCCCAGCAGCAGAAAAGGCGAGUUUAUAGAAGAAAGAGAGCAAAGUUUUUGCUGGAAGAUGCUAUUCCCAGUAGUGACUUCACCUCAGCCUGGAGCACCAACCACCACCUGGCCAGUAUAUUUGACCUCACCCUGGAUGAAAUGCAGAGUUUAAAGAGUGCCGGCUCAGGCCAGAUCCUCUUCUCAGAUGUGGACUCCACCGACGCUGCCAGCACCUCCGGCUCGGCCUCCACCAGCCUCUCCUAUGACUCCAGAUGGACAGUAGGCAGCCGCAAGAGGAAGUUGGCAGUCAAGACGUACAUGCCCCUGAGGGCAAAGCGUCAGGCAGCUGACCUGGAUGGACGCUGCCCCUCAGACAGUAGUGCGGAGGGAGCUCUGGGCCCAGAGCAGCCAGACAAAGGCAUUGACAGCCACACGUUGGAAAGCAUCAGUGAAGACGACUCCUCCUUGUCCCACCUCAAGUCAUCUAUCACCAACUACUUCGGCGCAGCUGGGAGGCUGGCCUGUGGGGAGAAGUAUCAAGUGCUGGCUCGGAGGGUCACACCAGAGGGCAAGGUUCAGUACCUGUUGGAAUGGGAAGGGACUACCCCUUACUGAUUACCCCUCAGGGGCUGCCUAGAUCCCUAGAAACCAAAGGAGGGACAGAAGAAGCCACCAGCUCCCUGUUUUCUCCAGGCUGGGUGGUGGAGGGCAGCAGGACAGAAACAGAGCCAUAAGGGCCUAGCUGUAGCCCCCGCAUGCUGCCCGCCAGGCCAAGGCCUGGGUGCUGCUGUCCCGGUUGCCUGUGUCUCUAAGAGCCCGCUGACUCUUCUCAUUGUCUGUACACUCCAUACCCCUCAAACUGUUUAUUGGUUCCUCUGGUUCCAAGGAACCCUGGCUGUGACCCUUCAUGGUCCUGAGGCCUGACCUGUUUUUCACGAUCCCCAACUCGCCACCCUUUACCUCACCCCUUUUGGGUGUUUGGUGUGGUCAGACAUCUUCCAUGUGCACGUGUGCAUCUGCCCCUCACUGGAUAGCCUUCACUGGGUUGUCACUGGGACCACACUGAGAGAAGGGAAGUCCUGAGGUCUUCCACUUUCUCACCAGUACCCCUAACGCCAGGAAGGUUGGGAGGGUAUCUGAGAGCGUUUAGAGUGCCUGGGACCCAGAGCCUGGGGAGUGAUGAGCUGGGUCUCUGCUGAAGGGACCAGCAGCAGGGUCCUUUAUUGAGGCUCAGAGGGGAGACUAUAGGAGUCAGCUCUUAGGGUCCCAGUAAUACUCCUUCACUGUUAUGGAGUGGAGCCUGGCCUUGCUGCAUAGAGGUGUUCUUAGAUCUCAGAGGAAAUGAUGGGAGCCAAGCCAGGUUGGAUUAAAUCCCAGACUCAUCACACAGUCCAACACCACACCACUGUGCGCAUAGACACACACAGUCACACAUCCCCAUUACCUCCAGACACUCUGGCUCCUGUCCUUGGCCUCUUCUAGGGAUACAUGCUGCAAUUAAAUGUGAAAACCAAACUCCUGCCCCCUCUGACCUGUAAACCAGCCUUGACCCCACAAAGAAGCACAAAAGAUUCCCCUCUCCUACAUAGCACCUGCCUCGCCCUGGAACUGACAAUCACUUUGGGGACAGGCUGGGUUUUUUCAAGGGCCUGAAUCAUUCGUUCCCUUCAGAAAGGAAGCCUUUGUCAUUGAUGGUAUAAGCAGAAUUCUUAGAAGGGACAAACAUCCCCAUCUGGAGGGAAACCAAAAUUAGGAGGUGGGCAAGGAGCCCUUAUUUUGCCUGCAGAAAUAUUAGAAACUGACUCACUUGGUUGGAAAGUGGAAAGAAGUGCCUUUGGGCUGGGAGGCGGGGGGCACCAGAUUGGGACCAGCCUCACUAACUGCUGCUGUGGCUUCCAGCUGGGCAGGGUUCUGCAGACUGCCAGCUGGAAGGUGAAGAUGAACAGUAUGGGGACAUCAGACCUCUAUCAGAGGGGCUGAUAUUUCCACGACUAGGCCUGACCCCGCCACACCUGCCUGUGAGCAUUCAGGGCGUCCCAGAAGUAAGGUUAGAUGGCCCUUGCCUUAAGUCCGCAAGUGUAGUGCCUUGCAAAGGGACAUCGCCUCUCACUGUGGACACAGCCACCCAUUUCCCUCUGCUUCCCUGUCUUGUCUGAGGCAAGGAUGAGCAGAUGGGCACUGGUCCCAGUUCUCAGUCUCACAGCUGCUGUCACUGAGGUCCCCAAGUGGGGCCAGGUAGAAGAGUUGUGAAGCCAACUCCCAAGCCAGCAGGAGUGUGGGAACUGGGCUCAGACUUGUGGCUUCCGGUUGGCUUCAGUGAGCAUGCCAACCUCCAACAUCUGCUUUCUAGGCUGCUGGGAAAGCCAGAGAGCAAGAUUGGCCAUUGUAUAUCUGCCCUUCCCUGCUGGGCCUGAGGAGCACGCAGGGGGAGUGGGGUGCUUGUCCCAUUGGGAAAGCGAGCACAAGGCCGACCAGGUCACCCGACUCCUCACACCAGCAUUUCCCUCCCACAAGAUAAUGGCUGCAUUACUGCCAACUGACAGUAUAACCCUGUGCACCUUUGAAAAGAUUUUGGUUUUGAAUUGCUGCUUUUAAUAAUAUUUGUUAUAUUAAAGUUAUAAUUGUGUCUGGUUUAUAGUGUA